AUGGCCCAACACGAAAGUAACGGGGUCACCGCCAAGCAGUAUCAAAUGGAUGAGACGCAGGCUGGAGAACUGAGGCAGCUUGCUGUCGAUGUCUCCAACGCCGUCGAGGCUCGCAUUAUGGGAGAAGUUGGCGCAGGAGAGCGGAUCAGAAGAUCGACGCAGAACGUGCAGAUAGCUGGAAUGGGUCCAGCCGAGUACUGGGGCACGCAGCUAUGGCAACCACUGAAAAGCGUGUGCUUGGUCAUGGCUCAAGAGUUGGGAUUGCUGCCCGGUAUCAAUGAACAAAGUGGUCCAAUCACUGCUGCAGAGGUGGCCAGAAAAGUCGGGACUGACGAGCUACUCAUCAUUCGCAUCAUGCGUGUCUUGACCGGAGCAGGCAUCUGCGAUGAGACCGGUCGGAACACGUACAGGGCAAACGAGCUCAGCAAGAUUGCAGCGAGCUUGCAUGGCCAGGCCGGCGUCAAGAUCGAAAACGAGCUACUCUUCCCGAUAGCGGCUAAGAUUGUGCCAUAUAUGCGGGAACAUGGGUUCAAGCAAUUCCCACGCAGACCAAAGGAAAUGGAUCCAACGCAGUACGCAUUUGGCGGGAAGAUGAUGUGGGAGCAUUUCAGGGACAGCCCCGAGCACAAGCAGUGGUUUGACACGCUGAUGGUCGAGAACCGUGCCGUCAAUAUUCCGUGGUUUCAUAUCUACCCCUUCGCGAACGAACUCGGACAGGCAUUCAGGAAUGACUCCGAAGAUGUUUUGUUGGUAGAUGUAGGAGGCAAUCGUGGUGCAGACAUUCUUGAGUUGCGUCAGACUUAUCCCAAUUUGCCUGGGCGUCUCAUCUUGCAGGAACUGCCAGAAACGAUUGCGGCUGUGGACAAGUCGUCCAUGGCAGACAUUGAAUUACAGGCAUACGACUUCUUCACACCUCAACCGGUCAAAGGAGCCAAGGCAUACUUCUGGCGAUGGAUACUGCACAAUUGGGACGACGACAGCAUCCGCGUCUUCCUGUCUAAAACUGUGCAGGUCAUGAACACAGACAGUAAGAUCCUGAUUGAGGAAUAUGUCUUGCCAGAUAUCGGUGUCGAUAUCAAGUGCAGUUCUCAUGAUAUCCUGAUGAUGCUCUAUCAUUCAGGAAUGGAGAGGUCGCUCAGUCAGUGGAGAGCUUUGUUAGACAGCUGUGGACUGGAAAUUGUCAAAGUCUGGACCCGGCCAGAUACAGACCCUUCGAUAUUGGAGUGCUGCAUCAAGCAGGAGUGA